ACAAUUGAGGUUAUUUUUCUGAACCGACGCCGCCUUUGUUUUUACAAUAAGAUAGUCGAUAAAAACCAAAAAAAUGAAGCUAGUUCGGUUUCUUAUGAAAUUAAGUCACGAGACAGUGACAAUUGAGCUAAAAAACGGUAGUGUUGUGCACGGAACAAUAACUGGAGUGGACGUAGCUAUGAAUACACAUUUGAAGGCUGUUAAAGUUACAUUAAAAAAUCGUGAAGAGCUGCAGCUGGAGACCUUAAGCAUACGUGGAAAUAACAUUCGGUAUUUCCUCUUGCCUGACAGUCUCCCACUUGAGACGUUACUGAUCGACGAUGCGCCAAAAGGACGUGGCAAACGUGAAGGCUUCCCAAGAGGUGGAGGAGCUAGAGGUGGAAGAGGCCGCGGCCGCGGAGGCAGAGGCGGCCCGAGAGGCGGACGCGGAGGCAGAGGCCGUGGACGGCGAUAAAAUCGUGAAAUACCUGUGUAUUUUAGCUCUUAAGCCCUAUUCUGAAAUAAGUUUUUUCAUUACAAGCUAAGUUCAAGUUGGUUGGUUUUAUUUUGGGUUAAGCAUCAUAUUUCUUUGAUUAUAUACAGGGAGGAAGUGUCUCUCGAUGCGAGAAUGCAAGCUUACAAAAUUUUAUAUACACUAUCAAAACUUGUUCAUAGACUUCAAAUCAUAAAAACAAAAUUUAUGAAGGUACAGUCAACAGCACAUUAAGCUAGACACUAUUUUGAAU